AUGGCUUUCCAUGGCGAGUUUGUGGAGAUCAUCGGCAAUGUGCGAAACCUGAAGUAUCGCCUGGAAAGCCUCUGUGGCAUGUCACGAUUCAGGCAGAGGUUGCUGAAGGAUGACGAAGAUCUCGAGGAUGACGUGCAGCUUGAGCCGGGGGACUUCCAGCUGGUGCUACUACACUUCUGCAGGGCUUCCGAGCAGCAGGUCGGUCUACUGGGCCGGUAUGCCAAGGAUGGUGAAGAGAAGAGGGUAGAGGAGAUGCUCAUGCUGCCUCAAAAUCCCGACUUGAUCGGAAGCCUGGGCAUGACGCCCCUCUGCCUGGCAUCGCAGGCUGGCCACGGCAGAGUCGUAGAGCUUCUGCUGGAAGCGUCGGCAGACAAGAACAAGGCCUGUGGAUGGGCCACGCCGCUCCGCGUCGCAGCUCAAGAGGGCCAUGCAGAGAUCGUGCGAGUCCUACUGGAGGCGAGGGCGGAGACAGAGGGGUAUUCCGAGGCACGGGGAGACACCCCCUUGGGUUUAGCAGCCAGCGAAGGCCACAGAGAGGUCGUCCGCCUUCUCUUGGAGGCGCAGGCAGACAGCAACAGAGGUGGUCCGGUCUACGCUCGGCCUGGCCAUCACAUCAGCUCGUCCGGAUGUGGAGAUCGUCCGGCUGUUGUUGGAGGCCGGUGCCGACCAAAGUGUCGGUGUGGAUCUCGAGGCUGUUGA